CGUUUCUGCGCAGUGCGGAUGCGCGGAGGAGAUGUCGGCGGGGAGGGAGGACCCAGAUACAUUAUUGACGCUGUUCCAGUCGCUACUCUUCUUGAGAUAUUUCUCACCAGGGCUGCAGUGAAUUACAGAGCAAAAAGAAUGGGAAGGAGUAUACGUGGUGUCGAUUGCACUGAAAGUCUGGCUGUCUCCACCGAACACCGACUUUUGUUGUUCCGCGGUAUCUUCAGGAGGGACUAGGGGACGCGAGCGAAGCAAAGCGAAGCAGGGAAGCUAGCACCACAGACUAGCAAAACUGUGGCCCACAACAAACCUCCAAGCUAGCAUCCGUCGCAUGCACCGACAGAAAAAAUGGUGUACCUGUUGAAUCCUAUAGACAACCUGAGAAGCUACAUCAACAACCGUCCGCCGCUGGUCAUUUUUAUGAUCAGCGUCAGCGCGGUGGCCAUUGCCUUCCUGACCAUCGGUUAUUUCUUCAAGAUUAAGGAGAUCAAGUCUCCGGAGCUGACGGAGGACUGGAACACCUUCCUGCUGCGCUACAACGAGCUGGACUUCUGCGUGUCGGAGAACGAGACGAUAAAGCACGGCCUGAACGAGUCGACCACGCCGGAGAGCAUGGUGGUGACCAGCGGUCAGGCUCGCUCCAGCACCCAGGUCCCCCUCCUGCUGGAGGACUCGGGUCCCAUCAACAUCUCGGUCCCCAUCACCCUCACGCUGGACCCCCAGCGCCCCUUUGGAGGCUACUCGCGCAAUAUCACUCAUCUGUACGCCACGGUGCUGGGGCAGCAGGUCGGCCUGUCUGGCCGGGAAGCCCAUGAAGAAAUAAACAUCACGUUCACCCUGCCUGUAUCCUGGAACUCAGACGACUGUGUGCUGCACGGACACUGCGAGCAGGUGGUGUUCAGCACUUGCAUGACCAUCACGGCGGCCAACAAUAUCUUUCCAGUCACAGUGCAGCCGCCACACUGCGUGCCAGAGACGUACACCAACGCCACAUCCUGGUACAAGGUGUUCACCACAGUCCGUGACUCUGACACCAAGUACAGUCAGGACUACAACCCCUUCUGGUGUUACAAAGGAGCCAUCGGCAAGGUGUACCACGCACUCAACCCAAAGCUUACAGUCAUCGUGCCUGAUGACGACCGUUCCCUCAUCAACCUGCACCUGAUGCACACGAGCUACUUCCUGUUUGUCAUGGUCAUCACUAUGUUCUGUUACGCAGUCAUAAAGGGACGACCUGGCAAAGUACGACAAACCAACCCCGACUUCUGCCCUGAGAAGGUACAACAGUCACCAGCAGUGCUUUAUGACGUGAACAGGUGGCGUUGUCAGAGGGUUAAACAGACACCCGAGAGAUGUGUGAGAACUUACUUGUGAGACGGACAAAACUCCAAGAAACAGAAGAAAUAAAAAAAAUUAAAAAAAUAAACAUACCAGUUGCCUAGUGAACCUUGGAAAUACAAUAAGGGGACACAAAAGCUCUGUGAAUGCAUUAUCCUUGCAAUGUUGGGUUUCUCCAACCAAAGAUAUACAAGUGCCUGUAUCUGUCGUGUAAAUAUUUGUAGGAACUCUGAUAUUCUGUUCUUUUUCUCUCGUUUGGUUUGUUUUUUGUUUCUAUUCGAUUGUGUUUUUUUUGCCCGAGUCCCCCGUGUGCCAUGUCAGAACAUGCAGUACAUCCAUCAAAGCAGAAGGCCAGACCCCAAGAACUGCACCGCCAUUCAUCAUAUCAUCAAGACUCAUUUAUCGAGCAGGUUAAAAAAAACAAGAGGAAACGGGGAAGGCUGCACGGUGGUGCAGUGGUUAGCAAGGAGGUUCCUGGUUUGAAUCCCUGUCUGUUAGGAGCCUCUCUGUGUGGAGUCUGCAUGUUCUCCCCCCGGGCAUGUGUGGGUUUUCUCCGUCUUCCUCCCACAGUCCAAAGACAUGCUCGAUAGGUUUAACUGGAGACUCUAAAAUUGCCCGUUGUCCGUCUCUAUACGUCCGCUCUGUGAUUGGCUGGCGUACUGUCCAGGGUGUAACCCCGCCUCUCGUCCAAUCACAGUUGGGAUUGGCUCCAGCCCCAUGCGUCUCCGCACUUGAAAAGCGGUAUAGAUAAAGGAUGGAUGGAUGGAACGGGGUCCACCUACCACUGAAGUUGGUUUAUCUCUCGCUUUGUUGCAUUCAGAUCUGUAAUCGCGGCGUUUCUAACUCCCACGAUAAGAAGCCAAACGUUAACUCUCAUGAGACAUGUUCGCUUGUGAUGCCGUUAAGGAUGAACUCAUCACUGAGCACUUAUCGCUGCAGCUUCAGCGAGGAAGCAAGUAUGAAUUUAGCACUUUUUCUCCGCCCCCGACAUUUUGAACAAAAACCCCGUCUGAUAACGAUGCAAACACUUUAAUUUAUUAAACUGAACUCUCAAAUUGUGUUUUAUUUUUUUUGCAUUACCUAAUUAACAAUCCUGUUUGCUCCCUGUGAAUGUGCGACGUCAGAGCGAGGAGAGUUUAGAUGAUGCACAUUUCUCUAAAACGUCUGGACAGUGAAGUAACGAGUCCCAUUGUCUGCGUUUGUGUUCUGUAAGACUUGUCAGCAGGUCGGAGAUUUACUGCAAAGCUUCCUGUGGUUUUUGAGGAUAUUUUUUUAUUUGCUGCACUUAAAAUCUGAGUUUCUGCCUUUUUUUGUUUUUUCUUCCUCGGUGGCUUCAUCGCCGCUCACCUGCCUCGCUCUUUACGUUUAUUUGCUGCAGCCGUUUUUGUCGUUUGUUUUGCUUCCCACAGUUUAUCUGAUGUUGGACUCCAUCUUUUUUCCGUUGCACCUGGAUGAAGCAGAACUUUAUCUUGCCUUACUCACGGCUGACUUGCUAACUGCGACUGACUGCUUGCUAAAAAAAAAAAACAACACAGGGAGAUCCAUAUCUGUCCUCCCGUCUUCUACAGCCAUCCUCCUCUUCUUGUUUCUUCCAUUUUUCAAGAGCCUGUGGUUUGAAAAAUUAAACUUGUGACCUUUUUUUAUUUUCCUAUUAAUGUAAAUGUUUUAUUUGAGGAGGCAUUUGAAGGUGUGCUCAUGUGUUUGCAUAGUUCCUGCACCUUUUUUUCUUUUUUAGAUUUCUUGCACAUUUUUUGGUUCUCUGCCCCUGUGAUGAUUUCUUUUUUUUUACUUUGUCCAAUAUCACAUGUAGAAAGUCUGAUUUUGAACUCUAGGAACCUUUAUAAAAAAUGAUGAUAUAUAAGUAUAUAAUUAUAUUUAUAUAGCUGUGAUGUUAUGUUACGUUUCUUUUUAUUUUCUUGUGAUUUUUGUGGUACAACAAAAAGUCACCUGGGGCGAGAGUUUGGGAAAUGUUUGGAUGCAUUGAGGUGGAUUUAGACUGUUUCUGAAAUGUGGUUACUAGGCAACCAAAUGUUUAGUACUUAAAGGAUACUAAAGAGGAAGACAGAAAGAUCCCCUGACAUACUGUUAAAAAGUUUAACUUGAAUUUUCCCGACUCCUCAGCGGUUUUCACACAUGCACAAAUUUCUAGAAAUCAUUUUUCCUGCUGUGUUCACACAUUUGCUCACCCCGACUUCACGCACUAAUUUCAUCAGGGGGGAGGCAGGAAGACUUCAGGGUAGGGUCGGUUGAAAGAAAUGUGGCCGUUUGCGUUCACACAUGCAGCUCAUACUGGAAGUUCAUAAAUAUUUUCAGGAGAUUUGUGCAUGUGUGAAAACGCCACCAGAGCUGUGGAUAUAAAAAAAAGAUUAUCUUCCAAGAUUUGAUCAUUUCUAUCUUGAUGGCUCACUUUAACAAUCAUUUAAUUUAAAAAACGACAGAAUAAAAAUGCACCAAUUAGAUUAGAAUACGAUUGUUUUAAGUCUAAAGUCCGAUUCACACAAAGUCGUCCUCAAGACGUCGUGUCGGCUCCUCGUUCAGUCUUGAAAAGAGAAAUCAGAGAUUGACAGUCUAAGUCCGCCUCAACACUCUGUCCUGUUCGACUUCCUUUCCAAUAAUAAUUUCUGAAACAUCGACCUUACCUCUCGUGUUUUCAUUUUGUUCCAUCAUCGUCGACGUACCUGUUGAAUGUACUUUUUCAAUAAGCAGCAGAAUCCAACUCUGAGAUGCAACUAUUCCACGUGAUCUGAAACCAGGAUGUACAUUUGUUUUUGUUUGUUUUGUCCAGUUUAAAAAGGCUUUACUUGAAUGAUGUUUUGGGUUCGAGUGGUGUUCUUAUAUAAUAAGGUUUAUUAUCCUCCAUGUGGCACCAGUGUCACAUUAUUACAUCAAACACUUUGUACAUUAGAUUUGAUUUAUCUGUGUGUGUGUGUGUGUGUGUUCAUGAACGAGUGAAAGAUGUUUUGAUUCUUAAAGUUGUGAUUUUUUUUUUUCUCCUUCUCCUGUAUCAAAUGACGCUCGGACAAGUCUUCCUUUUUCCCUCUUGUUUCAUUUUCAAGCAUGCAAACCGCCGUCACUCCUUCCUGUGCUCUCACGCUGCAGCUUCACUCUCUCCUUUAUUUUUAUUGGAAGAUCCUGCAGCUCUCAUUGGACGGUUGGGUCAGUCAGGGUGAAGAUGAAGCAUGCCAAACCCUCCUCAUUAAUGUCCUCUUCAUCCCUCCUUUUGAUGAGUUUUUUUAAUCUUGGGUAAGAAAUGCAUCUGUAUAAUUGCGAUAUGCCUUAACAUCGUCCACUUUCUUAUUUUGAUUUUCUUGUAAAACUUCACAAAUCCAAACUCUGACUUGUCGUAUCACCUCGGGGCUCCGCGAGGCUCAGAUGACCAUGCUGCUUUUUAAGUGCACACUUAACUGCUUUUUUAAGGAGCAGAUGCUUGCGCUUGUUGUAGUUUUCUUCUUUUUUUUAAACUCCUCCACUAUAUCACUAAGGGGCGGAGUCUCCUUUAUUGCAUCAUCUCGCUGUGUCAUCGGCUUUACAUCACGAAGCUGCCAUUUCACUUUGUGUGUGUGUGUUUUUUUCUUCUUCCUGUCAUGUUAGUAGCGCUUACAGGCGAGUAUUAAGCCAACUCUGUGCCUUCUGCACUAUCCUGCUGCAUCCUCCUCCCUGUACAUACAGUAGAUAGGACCAUAGGUUUAAUGUGGCUAGAUGAUCAUUCAGACCCGUUUUUCCUCUCCAGUGGAACUGCUGUAAAUGAACUCAAGUUGAAAUAAAACUCUUAAAAAGUUCAACCAA